UCACGAGUUCACGCGUCACGUAAACAGGUACAUAUUUGUUUUCCUGCCUUCUCUUUUCGUGGAUCGAGCGCGAGAGAGCGCGAUCGGACGGAAAAAGAAAUGCAGACGUGCCGCGAACGAGAAAAGCGCGCGUCGAACGAAGCGCAUUAAAGGGAAAAAAUUGUAUUUUGAAGAUUUUGCACAUUAAAGUAUUUGUUAACGAAAGAAAAAGGGUCUCUCUUUCAUACCUAGGGAGAUAUUUUUUUUUCGCUGUAAAAUUGCGACCGAGAGACCAUCGUUCGCAAAUCUACUCCGAUUGAAUUCCAAUUAGCUUGAUCAGCGAUUAAUUUGAUCGGCGAAACAUACGAGCAAAUUGCGUGUUUGCAAAAUGUGUUGAAAUUCUUUUUCGUUUACUUUCAAUCUAAAAGGAGAACAAGAGAUUGAACCAAUUCCGAUAAAUUAUACAGAAAUCUUGCUGCUGAUCAGAUCUUUGCUAGAUAUUUGCUUAAUUUUUACUAUUAAUUAACUUAAUCACAGUUUAAUUUAUAUCUAGUCUCUAUUUUUUUUCUAAUUCUUAGAACUAAAUUCUUCAACUAAUUUAUUUCCACGAUGUAACUUAAUUUCAAUUUCAAGAUAAAAGGCAAGGAGGAGUAUUCCGCUUUAGAACUUCAAAGUCAACUCUUUCCCGCAUUUUUUUAAGUUCAGGAACAGGUUUUUAAACAAUGUCCGCGCUAACAUCACAGGAAAAUAAUGUUAUUACUUGUAUGAAAAAUUAAACUUCAAAGUCGUUCUAAAAACUAGGAAAAACAAGUAAGUUGAGACCAAAUUCGAUAUAAGUCAACUAGAAAGAUAAAGAUUUUCAUCUAAAAUUUAAAUUUCGUGGACCGUUCGGUGGUCCGGAAGUUCCGGUCCUCCCUCUCGGCGCUUCGCGCGUCCACCGCGCGACAGCGGCGCUGCGUCGCGCACACAACGCGUCGUGACAUACUCCGUUCAUAUACGUGCACACGCAUACCGCAUACGCGAUCGCAGCUGCGAUACGGGUUUGAAUCUCGCCUGCGAGAGAGUGCCGCGUGCCGCGCUGCGAAGCUCGCGAACGGACGACGACGACGACGACGACGACGUUGACGACAGUGUUGGACAUUAUCAUUGACGGCGACGACGGCGACGGCGGCGUUACGUUCCGACAGAACAAUCGUGCGACUUCCCAAUGCGUGCGACGCGCGCGUGCUGAGGACGUCCGCGUCGCUCGACACAACCUGUGCGGUGCAAAUUCCCCCGCGACACUUUAUGUCCAGGUGACCCCCCUCGCGGCCACGACUUUCUCCAACCUGGUUGCAACGGCCCCGGGAUACGAAGAAGCGCGAUUCGCUACAUCGUUCCCGUCUCCGUUGCCGCUGACGACGACGUCGUGAGAGUGGGCCUUCGCCGAAAGCAGUUGCUCUUUUUGAGACGGAAUGGGUAGCAGCGGCCAGCUCUACAGUCUGUCCUGGGGUGAGUUCGGCUCCUCUCUGGCUUCUGCGGUACAGCUGCUGAGAGGAGAGGGUGAUCUAGUGGAUGUCACCUUGGCCGCUGGUGGACGUAGCUUUCCCGCACACAAGAUCGUCCUCUGUGCGGCUAGUCCGUUCUUGUUGGACUUGUUAAAGAGCACGCCAUGUCAGCAUCCAGUGGUAAUGUUAGCUGGAAUUGAGGCGGCUGAUUUGGAAUCUUUGCUGGAGUUCGUGUAUCGGGGGGAAGUGAGUGUCGAGCCGGAGCAGUUGCCUUCGCUAUUGCAGGCUGGACGUUGUCUGUGCAUCCAUGGAUUAUCACCACCAACUGUCGUGACGGAGAGUGGAGAAGAAGUUCCUGUAUCUGCGAUACCAACGGCAGCGAACGAUGGAGUAUCGAGGACGACGGUCAACUCUUAUUUCCCGUUGAAACGAAGGAAAAAGAGGAGGAAGUCGUCGACAUCUUCCGGAAAGUGGCAGUGUACUACUAAUACCACUGAUAGCGAGAGCAGGCCUUUAGACGAUAACAGAACAAUGCCUUAUGAAAACAAGGAUGACGACGCGAUGGAUCAGGCCGAUGAUGCAGCGGGCAACUGCCUGGUCAGAAACUACGCGAACAACCAUCAGGGCGGCAGUCAUUCUCCGCGACUCCAAGAGUCGUCCGUCGCGGACAAUCAUCAGGCGGCGCAACAGGAUCAGGUUUCGGACGGCGAGUCGCACCUGCAUACGAUGAUGCCGAUGCAGUUCUCGCCGUUGCACAUACCACAGUUCCACAGUUCCCUCAACAUAGGCAUCUCAUCCGGUUUGGCGUUGUCUGGUUUGGCGGCCGCUCAGACAGCGUCGACCGGAGGCACGAAUCAGUUGAAGGUGCGCGGCGCCUCCGACUGCCCGGGUGUUUGUCCGCUCUGCGGCGCGACUUUGCGCCAGGCGCGGAAUCUACGUAGGCACCUGUUGUCCUCGUGCAAGUAUCGGUUCAAUAACUCCACGGCAACUACGAUGGCGACGACGAUGCACAAUUCGGACUCGAUGCACAAUUCGGACUCGGCGAUGGUAGAGAUUAAGUCUGAGAUCGAAGUGCCCGGUUACAACGAUCACUCGUCGGUGACGUAUGGGACCGACAGCGGUAGCAACGACUGCGAACAGAUAGUCUGUAAUCCUAGUAUACCCUCGCCGGCGUCGCACGAAAGUGUGAAAUCGUCACCGAGCAGCAUUCCGUCGCCGACGAUCGCCAGAUAAAUUGUACAGGGAGCAAACAUGGCAAAAAUAUUAAGACGAACGCGACUGUCCGUUUUGUAGUUAAUUUUUGUGCGGAUUUCCGUUCGGUUGUCCAUUGUGUUUUACAGUGAUGAUGCGAUUACUCGAGAUCAUGGUGUAUAAUGUGUGACGCGUUACGCGAAAAGACAGGGAGAGAGAGAAAGAGAGAGAAAGAGAGAGAAAGGAGAAAUAAAAGAUAUUUUGCAUGAACUGUAUAAUAUACAUGUAAAACAUUUGCGCGAACAGUUAUUUGUAAUUAUAUGAGCGUACGCGUUAUUUAACUAGGUAAAAGUUUGGAGUACAUUUGCGCGUUUAAUUUUAUACGAAGAAUCUUCCACGUUAGUACGUAAGAUAGAUAUCGUAGGAUUAAUCGACGCAGGCUUAAGUAUAAUGAGUAAAAAGUCGUGUCGUAAAAUUAUCAUUAUUCUUUUACCAUCGACUUACACGAUAAUCGGGGUUUCGUGUGACUGUGCAAUUCAACUUCGUCCACUGCGGUUUAUUUUACUGCCUCCUUUAAUUUUCUCCCCCCUCCCCCUUAGAAUGGUCUAAUAGCAGUACGUUUCUAAGAAUACGGGCUACGCGCUCACGAAUAUACCAUUUCACGAUGAAACAGAGAAUCUUCCAAUAGCCGCAAAGUGAAAUUAUAAUCAGCGUACAUUCCUAUUUUGCAAUGGCAAGAGCUACGCUGCGUACGUGGACUGUUGACAAUAGUACACAAAACCUAGUAUUUUAAUUGAGAAAGAAUUGAGAAAGAAAUAACGGAUAUGAUGAUGUAAUAUCCUGUUUCUUUUCUUUUUCAAUAAAGCGUAAGGUACGUGAUAUUA